CAGCCCCGCCAUGUGCCGCUCCCCGAGCCAGGCUGCUGGGGCGUGAGCCGCGCUGCAGUCUCCGAGCCUCCGCGACGCCGGCAGGGAAAACAGAAUGAAGGAAAUCAUGUCUAAUAACAACACAACCAAUAUAUCUCAAGCAAGAAAAGCUGUGGAGCAGUUAAAAAUGGAAGCAUACAUGGACAGGAUAAAGGUAUCCAAGGCUGCAGCUGAUUUAUUGGCAUACUGUGAUGCUCAUAUUGGAGAAGAUCCCCUUAUUAUACCAGUGCCUGCAUCUGAAAAUCCCUUCAGGGAGAAGAAAUUCUUUUGUACUAUCCUUUGAGUCAGUUUGUAAUUAAAAAUGUCAUUUGUGAAAAUCCAUUACUGAUGGUGCAUGCUUUUAGCAUUAGAUUUUCCCUGAGUUAUCAACAAUUAAACCCACAGUUACAAUCUUUUUAGAAGCACAAUACAUUUUUAUGGUAAAUAAGUGGUUUACAUGCAGAUUUAGGAUAUCCUCACUUUCCUGCCAAUGCGUAAGUUUAAUAAUUUCAGUUAUCAAUAAAGAUUGUUUUGGUUUUUAAUGAAAGAACCAAAUAUAAUAUUAAAUGGUAGAUAUCUUUGCCAGUCAUAGAUUUUUCUGAGACCAAAAUCAGUCAUACAUAUUCUUGAACCUAUUUUUAAUUUUCAUUUUCUUAGAAAGGUGAGUAAUUUAUUUUCAUUUGCCUUUACAAAUUUAUAUCUAACAAAGGCAGAAUGACCUCUCUUGAAGCAGAACGUCAGCUACUGCUGUAAUGCUGCUUGGAAAGGUCAAUCCUGUACAGUAAAUGGUAUUUAUAAAUGUGGAUGUUUAGUGAACACUGUAGCAAAUUUUACUUUAAAACUUGGUGGAAUUAAGCAACAUUGUGAGUCUGAAAUUUCCUUUGCUGAAGAAAAUAAAGGAGCACACAAUCUAGGGCUUGCUUUUUUCCUUUAGCUUAACUCUGCACCAAGAAGGCUUAUAGAAAUACAAAAAGCCAUUUACCUCCCAUUCUAAAAUUGUAAUGAUAUAAACUUGUAGGAAGCUUUGAGUAAAUCCUUGUUCAUUCUUUCAGUUUGGCUGUUCUAUGGAGCACGUUAUGCUGCUGCUUUUGAACAGAAGUAGAGUAGGCCCUUAGCUAAUACUUGCUGCUGAUUGCAACAUAGACUUUAAAGCCUCAAACCUGCCCUCGUGUAAGCCCUCAGUGAGGAAUGUGUGAAAUAUAAAUACUUUAUUUAAAAUAGAUGCAUCUAGAAGAAGAUGAGGAUGAUGUACUGAGCAUGAGUGGUAUAUCUUUCACCUUAAUUAAAUGUUUACUUUUACAGUCUGUGCACCCACACUGAAAUAACCACUGCUGUAUUGCUUAUUUUUCAAUAUCUGAUCCUAUCUAUACAAUCCCUCCAGAACAAAACGUCAAGGCAUUGGGAAUGGUAAAUGCAGAUGUCUGUCACAGUGCCUUGAAGAAUGUGCCAGAAGACUUCUAUAGGUUUAGAUGUUCUGUGCUGUCUUAACACGCUGGUUCAUUGCAUAGAAUGUUCUCACUGUGUGAAAGCGUAAGGCUUCAG